AUGGAGGAGGCCAAGUUCGAGAAGGCGGGAGAGGAGCUGUAUCGUGGGCGCCUGGACCCACGGCUGCUGAUCCGGUUGUGGCCUGAUCUCCGUGGAGGAUUGAUAAACGAAGAAGAGACGAUCGAAGUCUUUUCGGGUAUUGAGACACCUCUGGCAAAGCUGGUAAACGUGGAGCAAAUAGCCAGGAACUACGCCCCGCAUCUCAAGCCCGAUGCACCUGCGAGCAGCGAACUCACGGAUGGACUGUUAGCGGAAGGGAAGAAGAUGCUGAGGAUGUAUUUGGCGGGCGUGAGGAGGGACAGAACGAUCUGGUCCCGUGUGCUCAGUUCAGAGUUGGCCAAAGUCGACCGGAUUGUUGAUACGGUUAUGAUCAAGCUCCUCGCUGAAGACCCCGACGCCGCAGAACUCUACCGUUUGAUGGACAGUUCAAAAUCCUACGAUGUACUUGAGGUGGAGAGAUGGUUCCUCCAGAUGAGCCACUACGGCGCCGUUGUACGCCUGUACAACAAGCUCGGGCAGGAUGUGAAGCUGCUUGAUGCACUCGUCAAUGUGGCUGAUGGUGUGUGGGAAGAAGAUGAUAUCCCGAACCCGGUUGCUCGGGUUGCAGACCUCGUUCAGGCCAGUCGAAACCGAGAGGUCGUCCAAAAAUACGGUCUUUGGCUGCUUCGUAAGAGCCCUGCGCUUGGUCUUAAGCUAUUUACCACGCGCGAUCCAAAACGCGCAGUCAAGAUCGACGAGCAACUCGUGUUAGAUGAGAUGAUGAGAUUUGACGAGUCAGUCGGCGAGCAGUUCCUGGAAUGGCUUGUCCUUCAGCGACGGAAUAGUGAACGACGGCUACAUGACUUGCUUGCGCAAAAAUACCUCGCCAAGGUUGUGAGGAUGUUGCGCACUCCAGAUGUAGUACGGUCCUGGCAAGGUCUUGUUGAUCAAUAUCGGAAAGAAGCACCACGGAUAUCAUUCUUGACAUUCUUUGGGCGGUCGAACCUCCCAACCCAGGAAAUAAAGGCGCGGCUCAAGCUGGCGCUAUUCUUGCAGGCGUCUACAUUGUAUGAUGUGGUUGGGCUUACGGUCGAGCUACAGAAACAUGCCGUGUUGAAGACGGAAGGGGCUGUUCUUGCUGCCAAAUCUGCUGAUCAUCGAACGGUCAUCGAGACACUGGUGAACGACCUACAAGAUUUCACCAGUGCUCAGGCAUACUGUACAUCUGGUGGUGAAGUGAUCAGUCCUCAAGCAGCCAGCGCCGCGACCCUUCCUUUCGAUGAUCUUGCGCCGCUAGCGACUUAUCUUGCUGAAGGCGGUAGCGGAGGAAAGGGCAAAACGGCGCCUGUGCCUGAAGACGCCAAGAAGGCGCUGCUUGGGAUUCUGGUGCAGGUACAGAUGGCCGGUGGUGAGGGUAUGGCCAAGCAGACUGCCCGGUUGCUUAAUGCACAAGCUGUCUAUUUCGAAAUGUUUGAGACGUUGGCGGAUAUCCCAGAAAACUGGAAGUUAAAACCAAUCUCACCAUUCUUAACGCGCUCCUACCGGCAUGCUGUCCAUGAGCGGCAUGAAGCAAUGAUCCUGAAAGGGAUCAGCUCCUCACAGAACCUCGUAGUCUCGGAGCGUCUUCUAGAUAUGCAGCGGGAGCAGGGAGCGUUGAUUGAAGAGGCUGCAGAAGAUGGAGAUGAUCCCGGGUCAACGGAGUACGUUGAGAAAGACGGAGAGUGGGUCGAAAAACCUGGCGAGGAUGAGGACAUUCUUGACAUCCGCGUGGAUCCUGAGGACAGGACUCCUGUAGUGUAGCUUGAUGGUGGCUUUCUACUUGGUAUACCCGUGCAAUCAUACCCCUUAUCUCCGACAAUCCCGCCACUCCUACGCGCCUGUGAUGAGUACUUCC